GGCAGUUUUAUUCGUUUUAGGAUAUUUCAUAAAUGCAUUUGAAAAAGACAAGCAAAAAAAAAAGGAGUUUAAUUAAAGAAGUAAAAACAUUUUCAAAUGGGUACUUCUCUUUUAGUAAUAUAGAUGUUACAACAUGAGUUAUGAUAACUUUGAGGCCUUAGGGCAUGAUUAUUGGGAGUCCUUGCUCUUGGGUCCUUAGUACACAUAUAUUUGAAUGUAUAUAUUAUAUAUGCAUAUAUAAUUACGGACUAAGAACUUUACGGAAACCCAAACCGAAAGUUCCUUAGACCAGCUGCAACGCAGGAUAUUAGCUAAUUCUUAGCGCUAAUCCUUAUGCAUUAAGAAUAAAAUAAUAAUUAAACUUGACGUUACGCUAAGGUUGAAUCCUUAAUGAAGGAUUUAUUUGCGGUUGAUCCUUGAUGCGCUGGCAACGUCUGAUUGGAUCGGGAAAGGGAUGUGUUUUGUGAGGGGAAAAAAACUCGGUCAUUUUCGCGACUCGAGCAGAAAAAAAAACCUUUUCACCUCUCCCGGCGAAACAAAAGGCGAUUCUGCGAUCCGCUUUGUUCAAGGUAAAUCGGACCAUUUUAGUUCUUUAUUUUUGCAUUUGGAGUUGAUGCAUGUUGAUUCAUCAGUGUUUAUGGAUUCGAUUGUGGGGAUCAAAUAGAUUUUGGGUUUAAAAUCGAAUUGGGGAUUAAAAUCGAAUUAGGGUUUUCGUCUGGUCUUACUAUUUUCUUCUUUUCUACUCGCUUCUUUGUUUAUGGAUUCGAUUGUGGGGAUCAAAUAGAUUUUGGGUUUAAAAUCGAAUUGGGGAUUAAAAUCGAAUUAGGGUUUUCGUCUGGUCUUACUAUUUUCUUCUUUUCUACUCGCUUCUUUGUUGGUUUCAUCACGAUUAAAGGAUUUUGAUCCGCUUAUAUGUUUUUGUUCUUUUAGGUUCUGAAAUGGAGGAAGAAUUGCGAGAUAUGAAAGCACACAAAGCAUACUACAACAUGCUUCAUUUCGUUGCAAAUGCGCAACAGGGGAUUCCCAAGUUGUGCCCCUGUGGAUCUAUCACGAAGGAGGUCGUCGAUGAAGAGGAUACAUAUGACUACCUCACUGGGAAAAGAUACUUCAUAUGCAAAGACUAUGAGAAUGACGGGAUGCAUUUCAGGCAACCAUGGGUUAUGGGAAUGCAACAAGAGGUGGAGAGACUCAAAGAACGUUUUCACGAGCAGGAGAAGCUUCUGCGAGAGUGCGAGGCACUUAAGGUGAGUUCUCUCUGAUGGUUCACUCUCCUAUUAAUCAUCUUUCUAAGAUAUUCAUUUGUUAAUCUGCUGUCUUUUCAGGGCCAGGUGAAGAUGAUGCUUAUGCGGGUGGCUGAACUCGAGAAAAGAAACUUACCGGUUUCUAACUAAGGUUAGUGUUUGAACUUACCAGUUAGAAUUCAAAUGGAAUUUAGUUUGUAGUUAGAAAAGAAACUAGGACUGUGUAACCGUGUCACUUAGUAGUUGAGAAUACUUGAAAACAAACUAGGAUUGUGUAACCGUUUAAUGUUUCUGAGCAAAUAACUUUUAGUUUGUAGUUAGGAAACAGACUAGGAUUAUUAAUGUACACCAAACCACCAUUUAAUUGUGCGUAACUGCACUGCUUCCUUUAAGCCAAAAACCCAUUAAAUUCUCGUGAGCUGUUCUGAUAUGACUGUUUUCUACUAGGAUUCAAUAGAGUUAUUAUAGAAUCCCUUAUUUAAUCGUAUGUGUUUCUACUAGAGAAACACAGACUUCUUCCUAAAUGGGCAAAUCCGGUGGUUAUGUAAACCUUGUAAUGAGUCAAGGGCCAGUUCAUCUUGACUCAUGCGAACCUCUUCUCUUUACCGGCCAAAGUUCUGGUGUGUCUACUGUCAAACAGAGGAGAAAAUGGUCACCGAAGGAGGAUUUAAUCUUCAUUGGUGCGUGGCUCAACACCAGCAAAGACCCAAUAGUGAGUAAUGAACAAAAAGUAGGUGCCUUCUGGAACAGGAUUGUAGAGUACUACAACUCCAGUCCUCAACUGGUUGGGACAAGCCCACGAGAACUUGGGCCAUGCAAGCAAAGAUGGGCUAGGAUCAACGAGGGAGUUUGCAAGUUUGCUGGCUGUUACGACAUGACACUGAGGGAGCAGAGAAGCGGGCAAAAUGAGAACGAUGUGAUGAAGUCUGCCUUGGAUAUCUUUGCCAAUGACCAGGGAUCGAAGUUCAACUUCGAACAUGCGUGGAGGGAGCUUCGGCAUGAUGUGAAAUGGUGCUCUACCUAUCUGGAGAAGGACAAGCGCAAACCAACGGAUUCCCAAGGCGACGGUGAAGGGGCAGUGCCAGAGCCAGAGCCAGAAGAGCGACCAAUAGGGGUUAAGGCUGCGAAGGCUGGUAGCAAGAGGAAGAAAACUGGAAAAGAGGAAGAGUUGGCAAAGCUAGAAAAUUUGUUGGAGCUAAAAAAAAAUCUCUCAGCAAAGUUUGCUAAAGAGUUUGCUUACAAAGCCCGAGCCUCUCUCUGAGAUGGAAUCAGCUCUCAAAAACAAACUUAUGUUUGAAUUGUUGUAGGGUUUGUUAGCUCUAACCUUAGUUUCAGAUGUUUGCAUUAUACUAGUUUCAACUGUUUGCAUUAGACAUAAGUGUAGUUGUCAUUUCACAACUAAAACAUGUCUAUUUACGUUGCUUACACACGUGAUUUUCUUCUGUUUCAGGUGAAGUACAAGACCAUGUGCUUGUUGAAGACAUAAGCUGGUAUCAAGUCACGGGUAGUUUGUAUUUUCUGUUUGUAUUUUCAUGUGAACCACGUCACGGGUUGUUUGUAUGUUGCCUUUAUAAGUCUGUUUGUAGACUAGGAUGUUAUGUUAUUUCCUUUGCUCUUCUACUUCCUUUGUACUGUCUUAAAAACGGAUGUAAUGAUGUUUUAGUGCAAUCUAUUUCUUUUGCUCUUAUUUUCCUUGUACAAAUGGUUAUGUUCUCUUGAUAUGGUUCAUCUAGACGAGCUUCCCACCUUCAUCUCCAUCAGCAGUUCCCACCAUCUCGACGAGCAAGGUAUAUGGAUCCAUAGCUUAAAAAUGAUCUCUUCGGUAAUGCUAAAGAUUUGUCUGGUUCUGAUACUUUGGUUUGUUCUAUAAACAUUUCAUGUUUCUUUGAGGUGGAAAUGAUACUUUGGUACUUUGAGGUGGAAAAUGAUACUUUGGUUUGUUCUAUAAACAUUUCAUGUUUCUUUCAUUAGCCUCUUUGAUGAAUUCCCAAGUGUUUCGUUUGUUCAAUUAUCAGUUAUUAAAACAAUUUGAUGAACCAUUAGAGCAAUUAAAAUGAUUCGAAACUUUAUUAUGUAAAAACCAAAAGAAAGUUUAUAAAAACGUCUUUAACUUAUGAUUAUGAAAUAUAUAUAUGUCUUUAACUUAUGAUUAUGAAAUAUAUAUAUGUCGACACGUCUUUAACUUAUGAUUAUGAAAUAUAUAUAUGUCGACAUGGGCACAAAAGUAAUACCAAAAGAAAGUUUAUAAAAACGUAUGUUUGUUAUAAUGUUUGAAGGAAGGAUAGCCAGAUAUGGCAGAUGAACUCGACCGAAGACUGGAUGCGGCUGUCAAUGAGGCUUUUGAUGAAUAUUUUGAAGAAACAUACAACAGCAUUGUGGAGAAUCGAACUGCAAAAAAGAAGAAACGUGCAUAUGUCGAAAGAAACCGAGAAACGGGCCACAACCGUCUAUGGAAUGACUACUUCAGUGAAGAUCCGACAUUUCCGCCUCAUUUAUUCAGACGCUGUUUCCGUAUGAACAAGGAAGUAUUCAUGCGUAUUGUCGACACCCUCUCAGCAAAUGUUCCAUUCUUUCAACAAAGAAGAGAUGCAGUCGGAAGGUUAGGUCUAUCAACACUACAAAAGUGUACGGCAGCUAUUCGUAUGCUUGCUUGGUGAAAGCACAUCACUUUCAUGUUUAACCAAUUUCACAGAAGGCGUAAUACAGUUAUUUGGAGAUGAGUAUCUACGAAGACCCACUCCAGAGGAUCUUCAACGAUUACUCGAUAUUGAAGAGGUACGCGGCUUUCCGGGGAUGAUAGGAAGCAUCGAUUGUAUGUAUUGGGAGUGGAAGAAUUGCCCAACCGCUUGGAAAGGACAGUACACACGUGGAUCAGGAAAGCCGACAAUUGUCUUGGAGGCUGUAGCUUCACAAGAUCUUUGGAUAUGACACGCUUUUUUUGGUCCUCCAGGUAUCUUAAACGAUAUUAACGUCCUUGAUCGGUCACCUAUUUUUGAUGACAUUUACCAAGGUCGAGCUCCAAGGGUAACGUACAUGGUCAACGGACACCAGUAUGAUUUGGCUUACUACCUCACGGACGGUAUAUAUCCAAAAUGGUCAACAUAUAUCCAAUCUAUCACACUCCCUCAAGGUUCUAAAGCAGCGUUAUUUGCUAAAGUUCAAGAAGCAACCCGAAAAGAUGUGGAGCGUGCUUUUGGUGUAUUGCAAGCUCGAUUUGCGAUAGUGAAAAACCCAGCUCUAUCAUUGGACAUGGAAAAAAUAGGGAAGAUUAUGAGAGCAUGUAUCAUACUACACAAUAUGAUAGUCGAAAAUGAACGAGGUGGAUACACUCUGUACGAUACAUCGGAAUUUGAAGAAGGCGAGUCGAGCAGAAGUUCACAUGUAGAGCAUAUUAACUACAUGCUUUCACAUUUCGGUAAUAUGCUUGGUCUACGGAAUCAGGUUCGAGAUAGGCGUACACACGAAGCAGUGAAAAAUGAUUUAAUCGAAAAUAUUUGAAACAAGUUUGGUAAUGAUGAAGAUGUAUAAUUAUUAUAUGUUUGUUUUUAAUCAUUGAAUAAAUAAAAAUUUUAAAUUUAAAUGUUUU